AUGAGACGCCAAGUCGAAGAAUCCGACCUUCCAGAUUUCCUCCACAACUCCCCCUUCCUCCCCAUCAGCGAUGGAGUCGCCUACUCCUACCCCAAAGCUGUACCUCAACCCAAACCCACACUUCGACAACUACUUAAAUCCAAACCCGUGCGAGCAUCGAUCGCCACCUUCUUCGGCCUGCUCAUAUUCCUCUACCUCCGGUCUCGAUUCCGAAGUGCUCACGUGCUGAAUCGCCUCACCGGCCCCUCAUGUUAUUUCACCACGCCUCAGAUUCCAAAUGAGUCCUAUUUAACUCAAGACGUCGAUUGGUCUCAAUUCGCUUACGCUCUUUAUGCAACGAAUGUCGAGUAUCUAUGUAACGCUGUAAUGCUUUUUGAGAGUUUACAUCGAUUGGGAACACGGGCUGAGAGAUUGUUGAUGUACCCUGAGACUUAUUCGCUGCUGGAUACUUCCGGGAGUGUGGAGACGACAUUGUUGCUGAAAGCAAGAGAUGAAUAUAGCGUUAAGUUACAGCCGGUGAAAGUGCAGCAUGAAAAUACCGCAUAUUAUUACGGACCCAACUGGGCCGACUCCUACACCAAACUCCUCGCAUUCAACCAAACCCAAUACACGCGCCUCAUCGUCCUAGACUCGGACUCAACCCUCCUCUCCCCCAUGGACGCCCUCUUCUUCCUCCCCACCACCCCCGCAGCCAUGCCCCGCGCCUACUGGCUCACCAAACCCCUCCUCUCCUCCCACAUCAUGGUGCUCACCCCGUCCCCCUCCUCCUUCGCGCUGGUGCAAACCGCCAUCAAGAAAGCCAGAUACGGCGUCUACGACAUGGAAAUCAUGAAUUCGCUCUUCGGUUCCGCGUGCCUGACCAUCCCGCACCGCACCUACGCGUUGCUUUCAGGCGAAUAUAGAUCCGAGGACCAUGAGCCGUUCUUGAAUUUGGAGGUUGAGCUCGAUGAUGGCAGGGAGAAGGAGGAGUGGAAUCCGGAUGUGGUGAUUAAUGAGGCGAAGUUGGUGCAUUUUUCGGAUCAUCCGUUGGGGAAGCCGUGGGUGGUGAGCGAGGAGGAGAUUAGAAAGGUGGCGCCGGGGUGUGAUAAGAUUAGUGGGUGGGAGGAGGAGUGUAGGACGAGGGAUGUGUGGUUGGAUCUUUAUGAGGAUUUUAGGAGGAGGAGGAAGGUAAGUUUCUCCCCUUUCUAA